GUUAAAAAUUUCAUCAACAUCGUGUAAACUGACCAUCACUAGUCGUCCUUCUUGUAAAAUAAAUUCCUGGUCGCCGCUGUAAGUACAUGCAGAAGGUUAUGGCAGCACUGCAAAGUCUGAGAGGAGAAGCAGGUCCAGUUUUUGGUCCCAUAGGCCUAAAUGGAGAUGAAGAAGAGGAGGAAGUCUCACCUGCAGUUUUAAUGAGUGUUUUGGCCCAGCAUGGACAGGUGGCCCUCUGCUUUUAUGACAGUAGUAACUCCUCUCUGCACUACAUGAAAGAUACUCCUGACAACUCUGAGCUCCACCUGCUGGCCAGAGUCAUCCAGGAGGUCAGUCCCCAUGUUAUCAUUACCAGUGCAAAGCAGGAGCGCUGCAUGACACGCUUCCUGCAACAACUUGGUGCAAACCCAGACUACAAACCAGAGGUGGUAAUUUAUCCAUUUGUUGACUUUGGUGUAGAAGUUGGAAAGCAGAGGCUGCUGUCUGCCAAUCUGCCUUUCCUUCCUGCUUCCACUCCAAAGAAAGACAAAAUGUCCUACCUCUUCUCCUGCAUCCCCUUUGACUCGCCCCUGAUGCUGAGGGCAGUGGGAGCUCUGCUCAAAUGUCUGGACAGGAGGAGAGUAGGAGUGGAGCUGGAAGACAGCAGUGUUGGAGUCCCUAUCCUACAGUUUCACGCCUACACACUUAAAGGUGUUGUUUGCAUUGACCUUGACACCUACAGUGUAUUGCAGAUCUUCAAGUCAGAACUUCACCCGUCAGUGUAUAAGCUGCAUUCAGGUGAAAAAGAAGGGCUCAGUCUUUAUGGGAUACUGAACCGCUGCAGGUCCAAGUUUGGUUCUAAAGUACUGCGUGAGUGGUUUCUGCGGCCAACUCAGGACCUUGCUGUGUUACACAGACGACAAGAAGUGAUCCGCUUCUUCACGUCACCUCAGAACUCCGAUGUCCUGAGCACUCUGCAGUCCUCGCUGCGCAACAUCAGCAACAUACCAACUCUUCUGCGCAGGAUGUCUCUCUCUCACACCAAAGCCACAGACUGGCAGAGUCUCUACAAGACAGUGUACAGUGUAGUGUGUAUCAGGGACACUGUUCGACACCUGCCUCAGUCCAUUCAGCUUUUCCAUGACAUCAGUGAAGGUUUCUCGGAUGACCUUCAGUAUAUUGCCUCCCUCAUCAGCAGAGUGGUGGAUUUUGAGAGCAGCAUAGCUGAGAACCGAUUCACCAUCAAACCCAAUGUGGAUCCAGCAAUAGAUGAGAAGAAGAGGAGGAUGAUGGGUUUGUCCGACUUCCUCACUGAUGUCGCCAGAAGAGAACUGGAACACCUGGACACUCGCAUCCCCUCCUGCUGUGUCAUCUACAUCCCUCUGAUUGGGUUUCUACUCUCUGUCCCUCGCCUGCCCAGCAUGGUGGAGAAAGAGGACUUUGAGAUAGAGGGGCUUGAAUUCAUGUUUUUGUCCGAGGAUCGUCUGCACUACCGCAGCCAGAGAACCAAGGAGCUUGAUGACCUCCUAGGAGACUUACACUGUGAUAUUAGAGAUAUGGAGACGGCAGUGAUGACACAGUUACAGAACACAAUCCUCGAGAAGAGCACCGCCCUCUAUAAGGUUCUGGAUCUCACUGCUGAGCUGGACUGUCUGAUGGCUCUGAGCAGCGCCUCGCAGGAGUAUGGCUACACCUCACCAAAACUCUCCAACCAAAGGAGGAUUACCAUCGUACAGGGCAGACACCCUCUUUUAGAGCUGUGCUCCCCUGUGUUUGUGGCCAACUCCUUCCAGAGCUGCGAGUCAGAGGGCAGAGUCAAAGUCAUUACUGGCCCAAAUUCAUCUGGAAAGAGCAUCUACCUCAAACAGGUGGGUCUGAUUGUGUUCAUGGCUCUGAUUGGCUCAGAUGUACCAGUUAAGGAGGCAGAGAUUGGUCUCGUGGAUGGGAUCUUUACUCGCAUGCAGAGCAGAGAAUCUGUAUCUGUGGGCCUCAGCACUUUCAUAAUAGACCUUAACCAGAUGGCCCAGGCUCUGAACAGCAGCACCGGCAACUCAUUAGUUCUCAUCGAUGAAUUUGGAAAAGGAACUAACACAGUGGAUGGCUUGUCCCUGUUGGCGGCAUCAAUCUCUCAUUGGCUGAAAAAAGCUCCAGUGGAUGUUCCUCACGUGCUGCUGGCCACAAACUUCCACAGUCUGCUGCAGCUGGGCCUCCUCCCCUCCUCCAGCCUGCUGUCUGUUCUGACUCUAGAGACUGCGGUGGAUGGGGAUGAGUUGGUGUUUCUGUACCAACUAAAAGAAGGGAUCUGUCAGUGCAGUUAUGCUGCCAACAUCGCCACUCUGGCAGGCCUGCCAGCCAGCCUCGUACAGAGGGGAGUGGAGGUAUCUGAACUGUACCGGACAGGGCGUCCCAUCAAACGCAUCGACAGAGCAUCUUCAGAUGAGCAGGCGAAUAGGUGCAGGUCUGUGGUGGAGAAGUUCCUGUGCCUGGACCUGGAGGACAAAGACUUGGACCUUCAGUACUUUAUGAAACAGGAGCUCCUGCCCUCUGCUGGGGAGCUGCUGAACUGCAGCUGAGCUGUUCUGCUGCAGUCACAUUUCUCCAAUUCUGCGGUUCAUCAGAUGUCUGUCAUGGAGAGAGGGGAGGAAUGGGAAGGCAG